AUGGGUAUUCUACUCAUUUUUGUCGUCUGCUUCACUGUUUUAAAAGGCUGCCAUGCCUCUGCGAUACCAAAGGCCUCAGACCGUCCACACUGUCUGUCCACCAAGGUGGACUUCGAAGGCAUCCUCGUCACGUGCCACAUACCGAAAUCCCGAAGCAAGCCUCGUUGUGAGAUCUGCGUGCUGUUCAACGAUAUCAGCACGAACGAGGACCUGGACACACCAUCGUACAACGUCACUAAGCAAGAUGGAUACACUUCCGGGGCGUGCAGCCUGACUUACUACCCCCAGGAAGCAGGAUAUUACAGUUUCGUCAUCGAGAUAUUUCCAUUCGGGGGCAAACUCCACACAAACAAAGUUUCAGUUGUCAGCUUUCCGACGAUGUCUUUAGAAAGGCUUGCUCCUCCUGCCCUCCACUGCGGUGAUUCUGAUGUGACUCUGAACUGUACAUGGGCAUGGCUUUGGAAACCUGACCAAAUAAACGUAACCAUGGAAACGGACCGUGAUGUACAUAUGUCUAAGCUAACUCGCGUAUAUAGUCAAGGUGCUUAUUUCAUAUAUGAGAUCAUUUCAAAGCUAGAUUUUGGGUGUGAGAGUAGAAACGCUGUUAUUGAGUGUAAGGCGCACUAUCGUGUGACCGGAUAUGGACAGCGCGUGCGAAGUUUGGCCACCGAAAUCUUCGCACAAAGUCCAGGACUCGGAGUUGUGUUUAAAUCGGACCAGGGGGAGGUUAUAACGAGGGAGCAUACACUUCUCAUCGGGGGACACGCAAAAAUAACGUGCUCACAAGCUAGUGGCGUAGAGGGUCAAGCCGUGAAGCUAAACGUGACAUGCGUUGGCUCGAAUCUUAAUAUCUUGUUUAACCGGAUAUCGACGUCUCGCGUGAGCUUCCCCGUGUAUGGUAAUCAAAGCUAUCACGGGGUCAACUGCGAUUGCACGGUCCAUCUCGACCGAGAUCAAUGCGUCACAAAGAGGAUUACUGUUCGCGUUGUGACAGAGGCGUACCCAAUCGUUUUGGAAAGUCAAAGGCGGAUGAUCGAACUGAAUCCAGUUUUCCAACACGAGAACGGCUCGCAAGUUUCGGAAGUGUAUUUAGUUUCCGGAGAUACGAACUCCAGCUUUCAGUGCAACGUGUUCGUGUCGCAUCCAAUCAAAUUGCAG